UGGAAUUCAUUCAUAAAAAACAUGGCCGCCAGUUUUGAUGGCCAUAAAACGAAAUGCUACCAAUACCGCGCACUCAAGGCGACGGACGACGCAUGCGUGGAAGAAUUGAUUACUAAAAAUGACGUCACAAAAUGGUCGUCGCGGCCGCUCAGUAUAAAAACUAAAAAUUAAGGCACAGGUUGUUCCCCAAAAGGCUCAAACAGCCAGGAUUUUGGUUCAUUCGCGUUCGGACUCCGCGGUGGUUCGUUUGAGUAAAUGCUAGUUGAUUUGUGUACCCAGUGACUGGUAGCUAAGGAGACAAGAUGGUUUAUCCUAUUGUACUUAAGUUUAUGAGAAUGUGGCAGUCUUCGUGUCCAGUUUUACUGAAAAUACUGUGUUUAUCACUGCUGGUGUGCUCCGUGCAUGGCCUUCAGCUGGACAGCCAGGCCUCAACACGAAGGCCGAGGGUCACAAAAUAUAGCAGAACUACCGUCGCUCCUGGGGGUACCACGGAGGCGGUGACGGAACGGAGUUUAUCGACAGCGACGUAUCGUCUGCAGGGCAGCGGUGGUGAAACAUGCAUCCUGCUUACAGUGGACGCGCUUAUAGAUAUCUCUUAUCUCACCAAACUGAACGAAAGGGCGGACGCGAACACAUUCGUGCCGAACAACGCGAACGUGGGGGGUGUUUGCAAGGAGGGGGACGCGGAGCAGCUCAUCAUCUCGUUUAAGGACUUCACGCUCGAAUUCUCCUUCGCUAAGACACCAGGCGGUGAGCGUUGGUACUCCGGAAACAUCAAGCUGAGCUACAACUCUAGCGCAAGGAUCUUAGAACACGCAGCCAAGCAGGGACGGCGGGUCGUUCUGUCAACCAACUCCAGGAACCUUCUGUUCCCUACACCGGUUGGGAAAUCAUUCUUCUGCCCUGAGGAGACAGUUAUAGAUCUUACAGAGGAUGAGACUAGCCCAACAACCGCUCACAAAGCCAAGCUGUACCUCCGCCAAAUGCGUCUCCAGGCCUUCAUGUUCAAACGGGACGGUGAAUUUGGCCCUCCCUGGCACUGUUCCGACUCCGCGCGAGCGCGUUCCGAAACCGCUCCUGUCGCAGUAGGUGCCGCGCUCGCGAUAGCCACCGCUGGUACGCUCGUGUGUUACGCCAUCUGGCGUUAUCUCAAGGUCAAGAAGGUGCAGUAUGACACGAUGGAGUGAAGAGGUUAGGUGCGUUCUGGAUUUUGUUGCUUUUUAGGGAUGCGAUAUCGAUAAUGUCGAUAGUUACAGAUAAUGUCGAUAGUUCUUACACAUUAAAUAAAUUAUUUUAAAGGUUUUAUUUUGACCUUAAAUAUCAAAUCAUACAGAAGCGAUAUUUCGCUUUUUUACUUAUUUCCUUGGUAAUAUCAUAAACAAUUUGUCAAUUUUGAGCAACCUUUAUUAUUUAUAUCUUUAUUUGUAAAGCAGCGAUAUGAUAAGCUUUGAUGUUGUAAAAUUGCUAGCAAUGUGAUGGGCUUUAGGUAAGAUGAAACGGUUCUAACGGUAUUAGUAACUUCGUUAAACGAGUUAAAAGGAGGAGGUUUUUAUUCACACAUUGUUUGAUCGUGUGUGAUACUAUUUUAUACUUUAUGUGGCCGUAACGUUUUGUGGGUGAAGUUCAGAACGCAUUGUAUGUAAGCUAAGCUAGUGAGAUCUCAAAACUAAUUAUGCCAAUGUCGAUAUCUUUUUAGGGUGGUAGACCAAUGUCAAUUUGACGUUUGACAAGUUGUCAGAUUUGACGUAUGCAAGUGAGAUAAGAGUUAAAUGUGGUUCGCACAGCUACCAACGCUAAGCGCAAAUCCAUUGUUGCCAUAUCAUAAUUCAAUUACUCGUUAAAGUUGGUAGGCCUGUAUUUUAAGGAAGUUUGAAAUGUCCAUUUCAUACAUGCGGUAUAAUUUCCUUAGCGCAGUUCCUCUAGUGGUGUGAAAUAAAAUAUCGAUAUUACGAAAUCAUUUUUGAACCCUUUUUUGAAACAAUAUUAAAAGGAGUAUAUGGAUGAUAUUAUGAUAAAAAGAUUUAAUCGACAUAAUUAGUGUAAUGGAUGAAAAAUGAAAUAAAAGGCAGCAAGUCUGCGAGAAAGUUAGUAAUAGUUGUUUAAAAAUGUUGUUGACGGUUGAUUAUUAAUGUAAAAAAAUAUUUAAUCCCCAUCCCAUAUAACCCCAAAGUUCCCAUAGGUUAGGACCUUUUAUUUAAACAACUAAGAAAAUUGGCUUACACUUGGAAUUAUAUUUUAGAGUCAAUUUUCUCGAGGACUAUAAUUAGUGCAUCAUAAUCAAUAUAAUAGGUACAUAUCACAUGAUAAUAAUUAUAUAAUUUAGCGUUCAUUGUAAUUAUAUGGAGGAUAUAUGAUAUAUGAUUUGAGAUUGUUUGCGGUAGCGGACAUUAGAGUACGUGUACAAGCAAUAAGUACGUUUUUAUUAUGCCCGUCGUAUGACACAUGGCUGAUUCGAUGUUGUAUUGUGCGCAAAACUUGGGGUUACUAGUGUCGCUUAUCGUAUUGUAGAUUUAAGGUUUUUGUCUCAAGGGUCUAAAUAAAAUUGUGAAUGUCUGCAUCGUUAGCGUCACUAGUUAUUGGUAGAAACAACACAGUUAAUCUACCUUCAUAUGCAUUAUUUCCCUGAGGUUAGAGCUCCAGGUUACUCCCGUGGUAGCAUUUUUUUAAAUUAUAAAUGGGCUUACUCUUGGCCACAGACUAGCCAAAGGCAAACACGUGGCCUACGAUGGAGUGAGCUCGCCCAGAAGAUGCCUGUUCACUCUUGAUUUGAAGAAGACAUUUAAGACCACAUUCUGACACUAUUCACCUCGAGUCUUCUUAUUUUCCUGUAGAAUAAAAAUACAUCUCUAAACCUGACAAGUUAUGUUACAAUCACUGGUCUGUGGAUGUUUGUUUCUAUAUCUAUGUCGAUUUCAUCGUCCGUUGAGGUCCCCAGUUUUA